UGGCCCCUCCCAGGCCCCUCUGGGAGCCCAGCUGUUCCCUCAGCGGAUUCUCUGGGGCUGGUUCAUCACCUUGGAAUACUCCUGUGACAGGAGGCGCUAGCAAAACCCGCCUCCAGCCCCCAGCAGCAAAUAAAUAGAAGGCUCCCCGCCCAGAAGCCGGGAGAAGUUUCUAGGUGAGUGUCUCUGAGGUUUAUUAGGCUCCUGGCUCCACUCUCCACUCGACCUCCGCAGUUCUGGCUGGGAGCCUGGGCAGCCAGGGAGGACGGUGGCUUGCUGCUCUCUGCUGAGGCCGUACAGAGAGGGGCCCUGUUGAAUUCUGUGGAAACAGCUGGGGUUCACCUUUGGGGGCCCAGACCCUAGCCUGGUGAGCACGGCUAUUCUUGGCAGUGAAUGGUUCUGCUUCUCCCUGACGGAAGAUCAGCAUUUCUCUGAAGCUGAAACAUAAGUUCUGAAAGCCAUCCCACCUACCUCGCUUUCUUGUGUGACCUUGGGUAGGUGGCUUCCUCUUCUGAGCCUCUGUUCUCCCUGUGAGCUCAGCAUUUACCAUGGCUGAUGGUCAGAUGCCUUUCUCCUGCCACUACCCAAGCCGGCUGCGCCGAGACCCCUUCCGGGACUCACCGCUCUCCUCCCGCCUGCUGGAUGACGGCUUUGGCAUGGACCCCUUCCCGGACGACUUGACCGCCUCUUGGCCUGACUGGGCUCUGCCUCGUCUCCCCUCUGCCUGGCCGGGGACCCUGAGGUCCGGUAUGGUGCCCCGGGGACCCACUGCCCCAGCCAGGUUUGGGGUUCCUGCCGAGGGCAGGAGCCCCCCACCCUUCCCCGGAGAGCCCUGGAAAGUGUGUGUCAAUGUGCAUAGCUUCAAGCCGGAGGAGCUGAUGGUGAAGACCAAGGAUGGCUACGUGGAGGUGUCUGGCAAACACGAAGAGAAGCAGCAAGAAGGAGGCAUUGUUUCCAAGAACUUCACAAAGAAAAUCCAGCUUCCUGCAGAUGUGGAUCCUGUAACGGUGUUCGCCUCACUUUCCCCAGAGGGGCUGCUGAUCAUCGAAGCUCCUCAGGUGCCACCUUAUGCACCAUUUGGAGAGAGCGGUUUCAACAAUGAGCUUCCCCAGGACAGCCAGGAAGUCACCUGUACCUGAGACCCCGGCCUGGGUCCAUCCUCAUUCCCUCCCCAACCCCAGGGCUUCUCUGACUCCAGGGUACCUUACUUUAGCUGAACUCAGAUUUAGUGCAACUAAAAUGUUGGGGAAUAGGGGGAAGGGAGAAUGACCACAGAUUUCCUGGCUACCAUAGCAGUAGAUUUCUCCACAGGAUGACGCAAUAGGUAAACCAUGAUUGUUGCGUUAAAGCCAAAGUACUGGUUUUUCUUUCUUUAUCUUUUCUAUCUUGAUGAAAACAUUGCACAUUCUAUAGUUGCGAAACAAAGAAACGGGGACUUAACAUUUCACGUUGCAUCUUACCUUGCAAGUAGUGCGAGGGUCACUUUUCUCUGGGGACCUCCCCAUUACCCUGCUCUGGGCUUGCCGUUCUCAUGACUGCCUCAUGGUUCCAUCAGUGGAGCCCUUGGCUCAGCCCACUGUGUUUCGACCCCGCUGGCUCACAAAGGGGAAUAGACAGGUCUUAUAUUCCCAGAUGGGAUUUGUCCACCAACCAUAUCAAAUUAAACAGUGCCUUCUGCCCUCUGCCCCAAUGUUUACAGCAUGUUCCCACGGUUCUCAAACUGGCACUCCCCAAAGACUCUAGAAGCCCCUCAGUUAAUUCCCUGGCUGAGGUCCCCGCCAUCUCGUGUCCCCUACGUCCCAGCUGGGAUUUUUACAGAGGGGGCUGUUUCUAGUCAGCCCUGCCAGGAACCAAGCAAGGGCCAGGUAGUCUGGCAGAUAAGCUGGUGGUAUUGUGUAUAUGGGUAUGGGACAUUUGUGUCAUUGUUGUUUGAGUUUUGCUGUUGUUUUGGGGAAAACAGUAAAUAAUAAUAGUAAUAAUAAAGGAGCUG